UGCUAGCAGAUGGCGCAGUAAAUAAAGAUUUAGCAGGCCCAAAUCUGGAAGCGGGGUUAAGUCUAACAGUCAAAUGGUGUGGGACACUACUGUAGGUAACGGUGUGUUAAGUUAGAGUGACAGUAACGUUAAGUCGGCUUGAGGUGUGUCUGAGAGCAGAAACGCAGCACAGGACACGACAGCCUGCAAACCUACCAUCGGACUUUCUCAACGCGAAGUGGUUAAAUAGUGAGCCAUAAUGCUUUCCAUCACAAGCACUAUCAUCAAAACCACCCGUGUCAUCCAGCGCGCAAGGUUGCUUCACACUUCCUCUGUUGUCAAAAUGCCGAUUCAGGUUGGUGAACAUCUCCCCGCAGUGGAGGUCCAGGAGGGGGAGCCAGGAAAUAAGGUGUCCAUGGAUCAGCUCUUCAAGGGGAAGAAGGGAGUCCUAUUUGCUGUACCUGGAGCUUUCACCCCUGGUUGUUCCAAGACUCACCUCCCAGGUUUUGUGCAGCAGGCUGUGGACUUAAAGAGUAAAGGUGUAGAAGAGGUCGCUUGCAUUUCUGUCAAUGACGCAUUUGUCAUGGCUGCCUGGGGAAAGGAGCAUGGAACAGAUGGCAAGGUCCGAAUGCUGGCUGAUCCUACUGGAGCGUUUACAAAGGUAAAACUAAAUGUCUGGUAUAUUAAAGUUCUCUUUAAUGUGACCGUGUACUCAUCUCUCUUUUUCUCUCUGCCUCUCAGGCAGUUGACCUGCUACUUGACAGUGAUCAGAUUGUGCAGGUACUUGGGAACAAGCGAUCCAAGAGAUACGCUAUGUUGGUGGAAGAUGGAGUUGUGAAGAAGAUCAAUGUGGAGCCUGAUGGCACUGGGCUGACUUGCAGCCUGGCUUCCAAUGUUCUGUCUGAGCUGUAGGCUUAUUUAGAGCUUAUUAAACCAAACCGAGUUACUUUAAAAGUUGCACUAACAAAGCCCAGUAUUACACUGUUCAAGUUUCCUCCUUUUCCUAAAGACGGAUGAAAAAGUCACAUGGAUGCUAAUGUCAAAAACAGAGCUGGAAGGUAAUUAAUGCGCACAAAUAUGACAUGAAUGGAAAUCCAAAGGAACUAGCAUCGUCCUCUGUACACUGAUCCUUGUGAGUAAAUACAAUUCACCCUGAAAGCAAUAA